AUGCGCCGAAACCCCUUUGACAUGUCUGAUCUCGACGCCGAGAUUGAGAGUCAACAAGAACAGCAUCAUGAAGUCAGAAUCCGCGCCAGCUUCUCACACGACGGCCCUCGUUCUCUGAUCCAGGACGAAGACCGCCGCAACGACAACCUGAAAGACCGCUUUAUUGGUGCAAUUGACCAGGGUACCACAAGUACACGUUUCAUCAUAUUCGACUGCACGGGGAAUCCCAUUGCGAAGUACCAGUCAGAAUUCCGUCAGAUCCAUGAGCACUCAGGAUGGCAUGAACAAGAUCCUCUCGAGCUGGUGGAUUCAGUGUACACCUGUAUUGAAGAGGCCAUGAAGACAUUCCUUGCCCUCGGCCACUCAAAGUCAGAUAUCGAAGCCAUUGGUAUCACUAGUCAACGUGAGACGACGCUCUGCUGGGACUGGGAAACGGGUGAGCCUCUGUGUCACGCAGUUGCUUGGCCAGACACUCGAACAAAGGGCCUUGUUCGGGAGCUGAAAGAGGAGAAAGGUGCAGAUGAUCUGAAGAACAUCUGCGGCUUGCCGCUCUCCACAUACCCAUCCUCGGUCUCUUUGUUGUGGUUGAUCCGCAACAACGAGGCAGUCAAGCAGGCUUACGAAGAAGGGCGACUCGCUUUUGGCACCGUUGAUUCUUGGCUCCUAUACAACUUGAACGGUGGUCCAGAGGGCCGUGUCCAUGUAACUGAUGUGACCAACGCUUCGAGAACCAUGUUCAUGAACCUUGAAACUCUUGAUUACGACCAGCGGCUUUUGGACUUUUUCGGACUUGAUCGCAAGAAGAUUCGACUGCCCCGGAUUAUUCCUUCGUCUGAUCCCGACGGCUACGGCUACAUCCGGUCAGGUCCACUUGAGGGCGUACCGAUUACUAGCUGUCUUGGAGACCAGUCUGCGGCGUUAGUCGGACACUGCGCGUUCACACCUGGAAGCGCAAAGAACACAUACGGCACAGGUUGCUUCCUUCUUUACAACGUUGGCGAAAAGCCCGUCAUUUCCAAGCAUGGUCUGCUCGGUACAGUCGGAUUCCAGCUCGGACGGAAUCGAAAGCCCGUCUAUGCACUUGAAGGAAGUGUGGCUGUCGCUGGAAGUGGUGUCUCAUUCCUGAUGAACAACAUGGGUUUCUUCCGAGAUUCGCGAAAAGUCAGUGAGGUGGCUGCAACAGUCCCAGACAGUGGAGGCUGCGUUUUCGUCACAGCCUUCAGUGGUCUCUUUGCGCCGUACUGGAUUGAUGACGCCAAGGGAACUAUCUUUGGAAUCACGCAACAUACACAGCGCGGCCACAUCGCCCGUGCUACCAUGGAAGCUGCAUGCUUUCAAACGAAAGCCAUUCUCGACGCCAUGGAGAUGGACAGCGGCCACAAGCUUUCCGAGCUCGCUGUUGAUGGAGGGAUGAGCAAUUCCGACAUUUGUAUGCAGACCCAAGCAGACAUUAUACAAAUCCCCGUCGAACGACCGGCAAUGCACGAGACGACAGCACUGGGCGCCGCAAUUGCCGCCGGUUUCGCCAUCGACAUCUGGAAGGAGUUCAGCGAACUCAAGAACAUGAACCGCGCCAACCGAACCUCCUUCGAGCCCGCCAUCUCCCCGAAGCAAAGCGCGAAGAUGUACAAGCAGUGGUCGAAAGCGGUCGAGAUGUCUCGCGGCUGGGUGGACACCGCGGAGAUGGAGGAUGAGUAG